UUCAUUUCCUCCUAAUCAUCAGAAGAGAAACAACAGCACUUCAGAUCUUCUUCCUCAGCAGUCACAAUGGCUGCACUGAAGGGUCUCAUCCUCCUCUGCCUGCUUCAUCUGUGUGUUCAAAGCAUUCAGGAUGAUGUGAACACUGCCGCUCUUGCUAAUAUGAUUCAAUAUUUUGAUGAGCAUGUCCAGCCAACAACCAAGCCUGAUGUUCAAUUUGCAAUAGCGAUUUUUGUCCCACAAUCUCAAUGUACAGAUGCACAAUCUGAUAUCAGGACUGUGUUCAGCGAGCAAGAGGCAAACCAUGUGAGAACCGUUCUCACUAAUGGACAGAAAUGUGUACUCUGCACAAAUUCACAAAACGUCAUUGCUGCACGGCCAGUGCAAAAACCACAGGAACAUGCUGAGCAUAUUCUGCUUUAUCCUCUUGGUAGUUCUCCCAUGGAUAAACUUCUAGAGAAGACAGACCAGAAUAGCUGUAUAGUUUUCUAUUCGUACAACUCACCUUGUGUGACAAAAUGCAUUCAGAGUGCUGACAAUAUUUUGGAUGGCCUUUCGAACUGGAAAAAUAAACGAAAAGAUGCAAUGAAUGUUUUUGUCUUUGAAAAGAUCUGGCAGAAAGAUGCCUGGAGGAAGGACAUGGCAAAAGAUCUUCUAUUGAUUCACGACCAAGUGCCUCUUUUUCGGUGUAACAACACUAAUGGCAUGGAAUGUCAGAAUUGUGUGGAAAGAAACACUAGGAACGUGAUUCCUUUUUGUCUGCCUAAAAAGAAAUCAAUACUUUUGUAUUUCCAGAAAAUGCUUUUCUCAAUGAUCAAACACUGGCGUGUUAAUGAAUGAUUUGCACCUCACAUCUUUUAUGAACCAGCACACGUUGAGUUAUGAAUUCUGAUUUAUUACUCACCAAACAGAAAUUGUUCUUGAACUGUAUUGCUGGAACACUUGUUCUGUGCCUAAUAAAACAUUUAAAACAUGUG